AUGUCGGCUGAUUUGCUGGCGGAGUUUGGCCAGACAAAAGCUCCGGCAAACGUCUCUGUUGGUCGACAAGCGUCGAAUAAACAAACAGCUUCAUUAUUUGAUGAUCUAGACCAGGAGACCGGCACCUUCGGAUCAUCGCAAAGUCUACACACUGGAGCACCAAAUGCACAGUUUACAUCCGAGACGUCGUGGCAGACGGCUACAAAUCAAAACUAUGAACUACCUACGCCUCAGCAUAGUGAUGUCCUGUUUGAUGCAGCAUUUGAUGCACCGGCGAGUGACACAGAAGAUGACUGGGGUGAGUUUGAAGGGCCCGCGUCAAGUACACCAGCCGCACCUCAACCUGUGGCUCCUCCGCAGUCCAAGGUACCUUCAGAUACAAGGAAUCGGACUGAUAAAAUAAUGAAGCCGACGUCUGGUACAAUUGAUCUGCUAGACUCACUCUCCAUUCAAGACUCGGCACCUGCCAGUUCAACGCCGUUGAAGGUUAUUGAGAACAGGGAAGCUUCCAGGGUCAACACAGAUCAAGCCCAGUCAACGUGGGAUGACAAUUCGUUCGACGAUUGGGGUGAUUUUGCCGAUGCACCAAGCCGGCCUCGGCAUCAAUUGGGGCAAUCAAUGGAAACACCACUCACAGAGCCACCUACAAAAACCAUUCGAAAGACACCCCAGAGGGCACCCGAAAACAAAAAACCAGUCUCGUCAACUUGGGAUGAUGCGUCCUUUGAUGAUUGGGGUGAUUUUACGGAUGGACCUGUUGUACAGCCUGUCCCCAAGCCGAGGACCACGCCCACGCCACCUGUGUCUAGUCCUUCUCCGAGUAGCUUUACUUCUGGAGCUACCACCCCGGCAGCCACUGUUCGCCCGACCAACAUCCCACCUCCAUCUGUCCUGCUUGAGCUUUUUCUGGAUGUGUUUGGCGAGCUCCACAAAGAGGCUACCCACGCAAAGUCACAGCUACGAUCCCAGACAUCGCCCACACCCUCCACACCCUCCACACCCUCUGUUUCAACAGCCGCCUCAAAUAUUCACAAUGCCCUUCAGUCGGCCGCCCGCGUCAUUGCAGGGCGUAGUCUCCGGUGGAAACGGGAUACAAUCCUCAGUCAGAGCAUGCGUAUUGGUCCCGCUCGCUCUGGCAAAGCCGGGGGCAUGAAACUCAACAGUGUGAACAAGCAAGAAAAUAUUAAGGAAGAGCAAGACGCCGUUGAUGUACUAAUUGCUUGGCGGGAACGUGCGGCAAUCUUCAACACUGUCUUGCAGGGUGCAGGCCAACGGCCGAUCCCUGCAGUCUCAGAUCCCAGUGCCCUUAAGGUUAUUACCGCCCGGACGGACCAAGGUGCGCUAAAGGCGUCGCAUCCCUGUGCGCUUUGUUCGCUCAAGCGUGAUGAACGAGUUCUCCGGGUAGAUGAACAAAAUGUCCAGGAUAGCUUUGGAGAGUGGUGGACGGAGCAUUGGGGCCAUACGGCAUGUCGGCAAUUCUGGGAGGCCAAUCGAUUCCUACUUGGACAAAGAUGA